GUUACUCUAGAAGAAACCGAUGUUCCGAUAGCGUCCCUUCAGAUCCCUGUUGGACAUCCUUUGCCAACCGAAUCGGCGAAUCCUGUCUCUGGAAAUCUUAAUGCCCUCGGUGUCAAUUUGCAGACAACAACAAUUCAGCCUUUGUCACAGCAACCUAUGUCUAUAAAUCCUGCACCUGUACGGCGCCGUCGCUUGGUUGUUUAUUCUGAUGAAGACGAACCUGUUGUCCCUUUGGAACUGCAAGACUUGGAUGUUGAACUUCCACUGCAAGAACAGCCUGUUGGAAACUCUUCGACUUAUCCUGUUCCCACUGUUGACGUUCCUUUGCCUUCUCCUCUUCUUGCUGUCCAAGAAGUUCCGCUACUUUCAGUGGGGAAAACUAAUUCUGGGAGGGCAAAGCGAAUCAGAACACCGUCUACAAAGGCCAUUGAAGCAUCUGUGGAUGCUUCUAAGAGAAAGCCAAGAACUCCAAAAUCGUCUGCUAAGGAACCUGCUAAGAAGCAACUGUUUGCUGAUUAACCGUGAUUCGCACCAUGCGCGUGCUAAUGUACCAUGUUUGUCCAGUACUGUC